UACUGUUUCUAAUCUAUCAUUUUAUUGCACUGCGCAUUAGGAUUACAAUUAAAUACUAUAAAUCCACCAGGUGGAUCAUUCAUAUCUGAAAAUCUAUUCGUUUUAUGAUACAAAACUGUUUGUAAUACAUUUUCAAAAAAAAAAAUAUUUUCGGAUGGCUUUUAACUUUUAAAUUUUCAGCCAAUUAGGUAUUACUUAUUAGCUCUACUUAUACCGUAUUUGUAUGCCAAGUGUUGCACUAGUGCACCACUAGGUACUGUCAAACUGUUUGUUUAUUCGCCUAGUGUGGCACUAGUUUUGACCUGUUGUUGGACUGACAUCGGGCGAUAGCGCUCCGAAAAUUUUGUCAGUGUUGCGAGAGGGCGUGUGACGUGUGAGUAAGUGAGGUAGCAAUACACUGGCGACGAUUUGUGUUUGUUUUUAUUGGGUACGGUGAAGCACUGAACGAGGGAAGAGAACAAAAUAUUUAAUACGGUAUUACUAAUAUCUUAUUUGCAGAGCUGCAAAUUAUCAGUGUCAGACAUCCAAUAUCAGUCUGGUAGACGACUUUGAUAUUCUUUCGAUGACAUUGACACUAGACGUUGGUCAAAUGGAACGAUAUUGACUGAAAUUUAUCAGCCUUGCUUAUUUGUUUUCUCCCCUCGUUCAGUUUUCCGCCGUACCCGAUAAAAACAAACACAAAUCGUCGCCAGUGUAUUGGUAUUUACCUCACUCACACGCUCUCUCGAAACACUGACAAAAUUUUCGGGGCACUACCACCCGAUGGCAGUGCAACACCAGGUCAAAACCAGUGCAACACUGUCCGAAUAAACAAACAGUUUGACAGCACCUAGUGGUGCACCAGUGCAACACUCGACAUAAACAAAUAUUGUAUUAUCUCUUUCAUUGAAAAUUGGAUUUCGUGCAAUGUUUUGCAGUCGCAGUAAUCCGUACAAAGGUUGACUGAAAAGAGGUUAGCGUGUAGAACUCCGACAGAUUUUACACUGAUUUGACAGGUCGCACGAAUGCGUAAGUUCGCACAAAUGUCGCAGUCAUGAGUGCGCAGUCCAUUUUAGUGCGCUGCGAUUAAUAUAAAUUUUAACUCAUUACAGUAACUUCAUGAGGAACAGGUUCAGAUUAAUUUUAUUCGUUUUCUUUUGUUUCAAAUUUUGUGUAGGGGGAAAUUUUUUUUAAUGGUUUUUAUUGGUUCACAAAAUUAUCCAUUUACCGGACUGUACUAUUUAUCGGAAUUCCAUUUUCGGACUAUACCAUAUACUGGAUAUUCUUUAAUACGUAUAAGUUGGGUUGUAUCCCCAUUUCCCCGAAAAUUUCCGUCAUGAUGAACCUUCCCCAAAAAAAAUUUCACCACACGCAGAAAAAGAACGGGGGUUGGUUUCAACAAAACGUUUUGUUGUUUUUUUUAAUAAAAUCUAUGCAUAAUUUUGAGUAGUUCUCAUAAAAAAAUCAAAUUAAAAUAAACCUCUAAAUUUAAUUUUUUCAACUCAACUCGAUUUUUUAAAUCAAAAUACCACACUAGAGAAAAUUUUCGAUUCGUUUUAAUUAUUUGAUUUUAUCAUUUUCCAAUAAUGAUUUUAUUGAAAUUACACUGUCAUUUUUUUCACUCAAUAAUGCUUAGAAUAAAUUCAAAUGAAAAAGUGCAUUGUUUGGCAACAUUGGUGUAGAAGAGAUAUUGAAAAAAAAAAACAGGAGAAGUCAAUUUGUCGUCCAUUUUGUGACAAGUAGCCGCGUUAGUUUUUUCGGUCGUGUAAUUUUGUGAAAUUUGUGAAAUUGUCUGGUUUUAAGCGUUUUAAGGUAAGUCUAAAGUAAUUGUUCAAGUCUUCGGAGUUGAGAGGGUGAAGUUUAGUUGAAGAGCUCCCGAUAGCAAAGUCAUAUUUCCAACUAAAUUUUCUUCAGAUAAAGCUCGACAUCUGAAGAAAAUUUAGUUGGAAAUAUGACUUUGCUAUCGGGAGCUCUUUUGCCUGAGGGUAACGUAUUUAGUUGUAAUUUUUCAGAUAAAACACAUUUAACAUGAGUUCUAAAGUGGAAAUCCUCGAGAUUCAAAAUCUCGAUUUGGAUCUCUAUCGAUUGCUCCGGUCUUUUGGGAUGUCCGAUGAGGGCAUAACCAUUGUUAUGGAUAGCAAAUACGACAUAGAAAGUUUGAAGCAUGUUGAUCGCCAUAAACUGGAAGAUUUGUUGCCGUCACCGUACGAUUUAGAUCGGGUAAAAUGCAUUAAGGGUCUGAACCGAUGGAGAAUUUCCCAGGAAUUGACACCAUUCUCGCAAAAUGACAACAAAUCGCAUGAGGAUACCGAGAGUACAGGAGCUUUCCUCGCAACAGAUUGUUCUCCAAUCCAAAAACAAACAAAAUUCAACUAUUCGAACAAUUUAAGUGUCUUGGAAUACAUCGAAUUGGACUUGGAGGCAUCUGGAACUCCAGUCGACGAGGUAUCGGUCGAUCUCAUACCAGGAUCAUCAGUAAUAAAAAAAUCGCUGGACUUAACAGUAACAUCAGGUUGCGGCACCUUGGAAAACUCAAGUUUAAUAGAAGUGCCUUUGCCUAGAAGUAAAUUUUCGGCAACAUAUUUCAUAAAUAAGUCCGAUAAAGCCAAACAAGUUAUCGAUGCGUAUCGCAAGACGAAGUAUCUCCCAAAGGAUCAUAAAAAAAUUAUCACGCACAUCGUGGUAGAUGAAUUCAAAGAUAAAUUUGGAAAAUUAACUAGGCAGGAGCUAGCGGAUCGCUCUUUGGAGCUCUACAAAAUAUUUCCAACUGAGCCUAAGUACACAUGGUUUCGCCCAACGUUCGAAGUCAAAGCAGAUGGAACGAAACGACAUAUAGGGAAGUAUGCUAAAGGAACUCUAUACGAUCGCAACGUGAACUAUAAACCCAUUGCUACUCAGAAUCGUCGUUUGAAUAUCAUCAAACCCGUCGAACCAGUCGUCAUUUGUAGAAGGGUUUUUACUCCAGCUAUAAAGGAGGCAUACAAAGAAACCAAAUUAUGGUUUCGCCACCACGAAGAAGACUGGGAACAGCUCAAAACUAGAUGGAUUAGCUCCAGUGACAUACGAACUUAUGAAAUAUUAAACAAACCUGAAAGAACCAUCGAAGAUAUUUUAUACGAAUAUCCCAUUUUGAGGAAUCCACAAGCUUAUGGAUUAAUUCAAAUUGAUUUUCAAUUUCGAUUUCCCAACAAAGAAGAAUUAUUGUUUCAGACGUGGCCUGGUAUAAUAAAAAAACUGUAUUCAGUAUUCGAAGUUGACGUCCUCGAUAAUGGAGGUAAAAGCCUUCUAAAGAUUCUCGAAAAGGAAACUAUCAGCGAUGUUUUUACAGACAGUCGUGAUUGCAUCAUUUUCACGCUUCUAACAUACCUUCUACCCAGUCCCAUGGUAUGUUUGAAAAAAGGCUUAAAGCGUUGGCGGCCGACAUUCGCAGAAACAAGAGAAGCGUAUUUAAUGUUUCUCACCGAUCUCUCCGAGGUUGAAGGGUACAUUGAAAGAUUGUCAACACGCUACCAACAGAGGAAUCUCCAGCCGAAACCGCUUCUGAUAGCAGUUGGCCCCAGCAUCAGUUGCUGCUUGAAAUUUCUUGUAUAUUUUCAAGAAACGUAUUAUGAAUUUCGAACAUUUCUGAAGGCGUUAGACAUCUGCUAUAAACUUUUCAAAACGUAUGGAUUGAAUUUCCCGGAAGAAGCUUCUGGACCCUGGAAUUUUUUGGACCAUUGUAUUUAUGAUUUCGAGGUGUAUUCCAUUCCGUGGGAAUCGAAAAUAAUCUCGUUGAAGCAAUAUCUUCGAAAUUAAUUAAAAUGAUUCGUUGCAUUGUAAAAAAUUGUCGGUGGGUGUCGAACACCUUCGAUUUACUUUUAAAUCACGUGAAACGUAUGCAUUACAAUUUAAAUUUAUAUCAAUGUAACUACAGCGAUUGCGAUAGAUCUUUUGGCAAUUUCCGUACUUUUCGAGAUCAUUAUAAAAAACAUUAUGGAUUGCAUUUUGCAUUUGAAAUUAAUAGGAAAAAUUCCAACAUGAUAGAAGAUGUUGAGGGGUGCGGUAACGAAAAGCAUGGCAAAAGCAAUGAAAGAUUUCUUCAAAGUGGAAGGAAUAACAAUACGCAGAAUGAUAAAGAUGUUGAUAUCGAUGAAUUGACAUCACAAAUGCAAAGAGCGAGUAUAAACUUUUAUUUGAAAUGGUCAAGCAAAGAGAGCGUACCCAGAAAACUGGUUUUUGAUUUACAAAAAGAUAUUGAAAGAUUUUUUAUAAAACCAAUGGAGACAACAGUUUUGCGUUUAGCAGAUGGAGGAAACUUAUCUGAAGAUUUAAAGACCACUUUACUGAGGGUUCUGCAAUCCGGAAUUCAGGAGUCGGAAUAUAAGUUUCUCCAGCGACUAAAAGCACUAGAUAUUUACGAAGAUCCCAUCGUGUUCACAAUCAGCAAUCAACUUAAACCUGGAGUAAGGAGCAACGUCCAGAAAAUGGUAAGAAAAUGUUUGCUAUUAAAUUUAAUACAAUGAAAUUUUGUCUGACUAGAAAAUUAUUUCAGAUUCUGUUUCAAAUAUAGAUUUCAGAUUUCUACUUCAGAUUCAGGUUUCUGAUUCAUUUAGAGAUUUCUGACAGAGCUAUCUGAUUUAGAUUUCUGGUUCAUAUCUCAGAUUAAGACUCAGAUUUAUAUUUCAAAUUUCAGAAAUCAGAUACAGACUCGAGAUUCGAAAUCUAAGUUCAGAUUUACGAUAGAUUUUUCGGAUUCAGAUUCCUGAUAUUGAUUGCAGAUUCAGAGGUUUGAUUCCGAUGUCAGAUUCAAAUUUAAGAACCAGAUUGAGAUAAAGAUUUUUGAUUAAG